CCUGUUCUGUGACGUCAUCCACAAACAUGGCAGCGCCCACAGAAAAGAAUUCAGAUCUUAAAUCUGAACAAGUAACUGUUGUAACAGCUAAAAACCAUGGCUUAGUAAAGUUGGCAGGCAUGCAAAUUGUAGCAGGAGGGUCAGCUGGACUUGUUGAGGUGUCAUUGAUGCACCCACUUGACCUCGUAAAAACGCGAUUUCAAGUGCAGAGGGGUCCGGAUGAUCCACAGCGCUAUAAAUCCCUGGCAGAUUGCUUCCGAAGGAUCUACGCAAAAGAAGGAAUUGCAUCAUUCUACAAAGGUAUUUUGCCACCCAUCCUUGCAGAAACUCCGAAGAGAGCCACAAAGUUUUUUACAUUUGAGCAAUAUAAGAAGUUUUGGGCGUUUGGUGAACCGGCUCCAAAUGCACUGGGACUGUCGAUGGCAGGCUUGUGUUCUGGGCUUACGGAGGCGAUAGUGAUCAACCCAUUUGAAGUGGUCAAAGUGAGACUGCAGGCAGAACGCGACGUGAUUUUAGGAGAGCAAAAGAGUGCAUUCGCAAUCGCCCGAGAAGUCGUCAAGAAGGAUGGAUACGGCAUGCAAGGUCUUAACAAGGGACUGACUGCAACGCUCGGAAGGCACGGAGUGUGGAACAUGAUCUACUUUGGAUUCUAUCACAACAUAAAGGAUGCCUUCCCACAGUAUGAGAACCCCAAGGCAGAGUUUGGCAGGAAGUUUGCGAUCGGCCUGGUGGCGGGCACUCUAGCCUCUACCGUGAAUAUCCCAUUCGACGUGGCGAAGAGUCGGAUACAGGGACCGCAGCCUGUGCCGGGAGUCAUCAAGUACAGGACGUGCUUCCGCACCAUGGUUACAGUGUUCAAGGAGGAAGGAGCCAUCGCACUGUUUAAAGGCUGGGUGCCAAAGAUCAUGAGAUUAGGACCAGGUGGAGCUAUCAUGCUGAUGGUGUACGAACAAGUGUACGAGUUCCUGAAGGAGAAAUUCUGAGUUUGUCAUAUACAAAUGCAUUCGGAAUCAGCAGCAGAACAAUUAGACCUGUUCCAAUCUAUCGUCCCGUUAUCAGCCAAGACGAAGCGACUCAGGACAAAUGCACAAUCUCGUUUCCAUGGCAACAGAUGUGCGGCUCGUUUUAAAAGGUCGACUUGUUGCCGUGUCGUACAUUGUUUUGCGUCUUCCAGUCACGCGAUUAACAUUUGACGUCAAACGUUGCGGUGUCGUAGACACAGAUCUGAAGCACAGGCACUUGGAGCGUUUCAAUAAAAUAUAAUGCUAAAUAAACUCUCCUUCACCUAUUAUUG